CUUGCCCUGCUGAGCUGUCAGGAUGUAUGGAACUAAUCUUCAUCCUCACUCCUAGAACCAGCAGAGAACAGCUCUGUCCCCUCCAUGGCGACCUUGGGCAAGUCACGGCCCUUUCUGGCUUUGUCGCCUCACCUCUCAGAGGGUUAACGCAGCCCUGGCUUCUUGGCCAGCAGACGCCUCAGGCCCAGGGCUGCUAUGGGGCACAGAUGGGGAAGCUCAAGGCCGGCGAAGAGGGUUCUAAGGUGGCCAGGUGGACCCAAAGGGGCUCUGACAGGCCAAAUCGCCACAUGAAAGUCGGCAGUCUGAGACCAGGGCCAGUGGGUGAGGCGCUCCAGGUGCCAGACAAAGACACCAAGGCCAUGAUGGGCACAGAAGACACACCUGGAGGCAAAGCCAGCCUGCAUCCUCAGGACUUGAGGCCAAGUGUGUUCCACAGCAUCAAGUUUUUCGUCCUGUGUCACAGCCUGCUGCAGCUGGCGCAGCUCAUGAUCUCCGGCUACCUCAAGAGCUCCAUCUCCACGGUGGAGAAGCGCUUCGGCCUCUCCAGUCAGACCUCCGGGCUGCUGGCCGCCUUCAACGAGGUGGGGAACACAGCCCUGAUCGUGUUCGUGAGCUAUUUCGGCAGCCGAGUGCAUCGCCCCCGGCUGAUUGGCUAUGGUGCUCUCCUUGUGACCGUGGCAGGCGUGCUCAUGACUGUCCCGCACUUCAUCUCAGAGCCGUAUCGCUAUGACCACACCAGCCCUGCGGACCUGUCUCAGGACUUUGAGGCAUCCCUGUGCCUGCCCACCAGAAAGGCCCCAGCCCCAGCCCCAGCCCUGUCCAACAGCAGCUGCUCAGGCUCCACGGAGGUCCAGCAUCUGGCCGUGGUAGGGAUCAUGUUCACAGCCCAGACCCUCCUCGGCGUGGGCGGGGUGCCCAUUCAGCCCUUUGGCAUCUCCUACAUCGACGACUUUGCCCACAGCAGCAACUCACCCCUCUACCUGGGGAUCCUGUUUGCAGUGACCAUGAUGGGGCCAGGCAUGGCCUAUGGGCUGGGAGGCCUCAUGCUGCGCCUUUACGUGGACAUCGAUCGAAUGCCAGAGGGAGGAGUUUGGCCUAACAUCAAAGGACCCCGAUGGGUGGGUGCCUGGUGGCUGGGCUUCCUCAUCUCUGCUGGCGCAGUGGCCCUGGCGGCCAUCCCCUACUUCUUCUUCCCCAAGGAGAUGCCCAAGGAGAAGCAUGAGCUUCGCUUCCGGCGCAAGGUCUUGGCAGUUUCCGACUCACCUGUCAGCAAAGGUGAGGACUCCCCAUCUGAGCAGAGCCCUGGAGCGUCUCCAGAAAAGAAGGAUGGCCUAGCCCAGAUGGCCCCAGACCUGACUGUGAUCCAGUUCAUCAAAGUGUUCCCCAGGGUGCUGUUGCGGACCCUGCGCCACCCCAUCUUCCUGCUGGUGGUCCUGUCCCAGGUGUGCAUGUCGUCCAUGGUGGCGGGCAUGGCCACCUUCCUGCCCAAGUUCCUGGAGCGCCAGUUCUCCGUCACAGCCUCCUACGCCAACCUGCUCAUCGGCUGCCUCACCAUCCCCUUGGCCAUCUUGGGCAUCGUGGCAGGGGGCAUCCUGGUCAAGCGCCUCCGCCUGGGCCCCAUGCACUGCGGCAUCCUUUGCCUGCUGGGGGCACUGUUAUGCCUACUCCUCAGCACACCCCUCUUCUUCAUGGGCUGCUCUACCCACCAUAUCGCGGGCAUCAACCACCAGCCUGGCGCCCAGCCUGGGCUGGAGCUAUUUCCAGGCUGCAUGGAGCCCUGCUCCUGCCCAUCCGAUGACUUUAACCCCGUCUGCGACUCCAGCGCGCGUGUGGAGUACCUCACGCCUUGUCACGCAGGCUGCACCAGCCGGCUAGUCCAGGAGGCUCGGGACAAAAGCCAGGUCUUCUACACCAACUGCAGCUGCGUGGCGGGGGGCGGCCCUGUGCCCGCGGGCUCCUGCGAGUCCUGCAGCCACCUGGUGCUGCCCUUCAUGAUCCUGGUCAGCCUGGGUGCAGCAGUGGCCAGCGUCACCCACACGCCCUCCUUCAUGCUCAUCCUAAGGGGAGUGAAGAAAGAAGAUAAGACUCUGGCUGUAGGGAUCCAGUUUAUGCUCCAGAGAGUCUUGGCCUGGAUGCCCAGCCCUGUGAUCCACGGCAGCGCCAUCGACACCACCUGUGUGUACUGGGCCCAGAGCUGUGGGCGCCGGGCCGUCUGUCGCUACUAUGACCACGACCUGCUUCGAAACCGGUUCAUCGGUCUGCAGUUCUUCUUCAAGACAGGCUCCCUGGCCUGCUUCGCCUUGAUUUUGGCCAUCCUGAGACAGCAGGAAAAAGAGGAGGGGACCAAGGCGACUAUGUCCAGCCCUGGCCUCCAGCAGCAGCUGUUAGUGUCUGGGCCAAAGAAGGAGCCUGAGGAAUCCAGAGUGUGAGCUAUCCCUGGGCCCCCCACCUUGGCCAAGAGUGGCAGCCACAGCAAGAGCCUUUGGCCUGAGAUUGGGUGUCGAGAGCCCCAUUUUCCAAUUCUGAGUCCUCUGCUCACUUGCUUUGUGGCUUUGGGCAAGUUACUGACCAUUUUGGGCCUUUGUUUUCUCAUCUGAACCAAAGAAUUACGUGGGGGGUUGCUGCGUUGGCCACUCCUGAAGCACUAGGGUUUCCCCGCUUUCUCCUCCAGCUGCACAGCUGACUUGAAACCAGGCUUUCCUGGGUGGAAGGACUGCAUCUCUUUCCCCAAGGGCCCUAGGAUGGAGAAGUGGACAGUAGUAGGCCAGGUGGCCCUGCACACUGGGUCCUGGCCCUUCUCUGCUGCUCACCUGGAGCGCCUCUCUGAGCCUCAGCCUCUACCUCUAUCAGGUGGACAUGAACUUGUCAGCUUUCAGGCUCCUUCCAACGGUGACCUUCUCUGUGGCCAGGAGGGACUCAGGUCUCCUCCCCAAGCCCGCUCUGCUGGAGGUGGAGCCUGUCCAGCCUCUGUUGAGAAGUGUCCAUUUGGCGCCCCCUGGAGGCAGAGCUCUGGGGACACCCACUGGGGAGGGAAUGGGUCACAUUCGGGACAUCCGGGCUGGGCAGGGCCUUCAGGACACCUGGUGUGAGGGUCCCAGGGGUCUUGGCUGAGCUGGGGGAUUCACUCUCUGGACUCAGGAAAUCCCAGCCCUUGCCCUCAGGGAGCUACAGUGUGGGUGACUGUGCCUUAGGGUCUCUGGUGGAGGGCAUUUUCUAACUUCAAGGACCAAGCAUUCAGCACAGACUCACUGGUACCAUUCAUUGCCAAGAUUUCACACCUUUGACCCGGGCCCACCUAAGCCACUGUGACUUUUGUGAUGAGAAUUCUAAUUUCAUCCCUUCCUAAGUGAUGUGGUGUCGCCUGGGGUGUGUAGACACCGUUUGGGUCUGUGACACCCCUGUUUUGGGGUAACAUCUGGUUCUCUGUGAUGCCUGGGUUGGCAUAAGAACCUGCUUUUGGGGUAAUGCCUGGGUUUGUGUAACAAGUGGUCCAUGGGAUGCUUGGGUCUGAACAAGCAGAUCUUGUCUGUGUCAGGCCUUGUCCUGGCUUGGCUUGUUUUAUGGCCAGUCUUCUCCGGCCUGGUUCUCUCUCUGGGAAGGGGAGAGUUUCUCCCUCUGCUCCUGUCCCAUUUGGUCCCCACCCAUCCCCAGCCUGGCUACUUGGGAGGCAGGAGGCGGGGAGCCAUCAGCAGGGGCUUCCCGAACCCUGUGUCCAGCCCUCUGCUGGGAGCUGGGGGAGAAGCUGGGGGCCUGGGGCGCACCUGGCUCUGGCCCUCUAUGCCUCUCUCAGUGGCAGGGCUUCGAGGCCAUCCCACAUGAAAGAAGAGAGAGGGACCAGAGUUCUCGGCCCCAUUUUUAUUCUACUAGCUGAUACCUUCAACUGUUUAACAAAUAUCUGAGCCUGUAUUUAUCCAUGCCAGGAAUUUCAAAGUCCUCCAACAAGAGAAGGCUCUGUGUACUUCAUACCCCUUUUCUUUCCCUCUUGUUUCCCAGAUUUUGCAGGAAUAACCUGGAAUUAUAGAUACAGCUCACUACUAAAUUUGUUCUUGCGUAAAGUC